GCCUACGAGCCCUGCGCCUCGGACUACGGCGCGGCCUACCUCAACGACCCGAAAGUCCGCGCGGCCAUCCACGUGUCUUCGAACGCGACGUGGGGCGAGUGCUCGGACGCGGUGUCCGCGGCCUACAACUUCACGGACGCGGCCCGGCCCAUGAUGCCCGUCUACGACGAGAUCUACGCGCGCGCGCCGCACCUCAAGGUCCUCGUCUACAGCGGCGACGACGACUCCAUCUGCGCGACGAUGGGCAGCCAGAAGUGGAUCUGGUCCCUCGGCCGCGAGGUGCUCGACGAGUGGGCGCCGCGGCUCCUCGACGGCCAGCUCGCGGGCUACACCGUCAAGUUCGAGGGUCUGACCUUCGAGACGAUCCACGGCGCGGGCCACAUGUGCCCGGCGACGCAGCCCGCGCGCACCUUCGACGUGCUGCGCGCGUUCCUCGCGUCCUGA